GGGCAUAAAGCAAGGAAACAGUACCAAAGCGAUGGUGGGAUUGCUGCUACACAGAGCGUGGUGCAAGACGGAGAAGCGUGGUGACACUCCCAUGUUAGUACUCACGCCUUGCCUACGUGGACUGCAGAGUCCCCUUCCACUCCACAUUGGUGUCCAACGCCUAUUACGGCGAGGUCGUCGCUUCAGAACCCUAAAGCGUCGCCACGGCGCGUGCCGAGCGCUCAGCUUUUCCGAAAGCGACUCGAGACGGCGAGGGCGAUGCGACAAUCUCGUACUUGCAGAGCGCCAUUUUGACGCCGCCCUAUCAGCUGGCUUAACCUCGCGUUUGCGCUAUUUGCAAAUGACAGGUGUAGUGGCGCUAACGGGAAGAUGGGCAGAGCGAAGUUGGAAAGUUGGAGACCGGAUGGGACGAUACCGAGCGGCUGGGUGGCGGUUAUCACAGAAAAGGCUUAGCGUUGCACUCACGUGCCCUGCCUUUGUGCAAGCGUUUUGCCCCUGACCUACGCGAUCAGAGAGUGUUUGGAAACGAUCGAUGCAUUAUGGACAAUUGGAAGAUGGAUGGGAAUUCCGACUUUGGUGUUGCUUAGAAUAGAAGCGAGGCGGCAAAUACUUUGCCUCCUUGCGAUGAGACAACGACGAUCUGUUUCAACGAAUGCUUGGACGUCGAAGU